CUCAAAGGAUAACACUUUUAAAGGAUAAGAACGUCGACGCCAUGGCGAUACCCUGGCAACUGCUGUGCCUGGCAACGCUAGCGGCAACGGUGGCAACUCUGGCCAUGGCAGCCACACUGCCACACUAUGCUCCAGACGAUGCCAUGGUCAUUGGCGAGCCGCUGGGCACUGCGGAUGCUGCCGAUUUCCACGCCCAUUUCCUCGAUGACGGAGGGACCGGGGACUUGGAGACGGCCGCCUCGAAGAAGCAUGAGGAGGCGCACGAGGAGGAGGGCGAGGAGGAGUCGGGCGAGAAGAAACACAGUGAGCACUACAAGAAACAUGGUGGCAAGAGCAAAAAGGGUCACAAGAAGGGCGAACACCACGAAAAGGGCGAGAAAGGACAUCACGACAAGGAGGGCAAAAAGGGCGAGCAUGGCGAGGAGGAAGGGCACGAGAAGAAGCACAAGCACUCGGAGAGCCAUCACAAGAAGAAGAAGAAGGGCGAGAAGGGUGAAAAGGGCAGCGAAUUCGAGGAUCAUGGCUCCUACAAGAAGGGACACUCAAUCAAGGGCAAGCACAACGUGCACAAACUGAACGAGGACAAAAAGGAGAAAAAAUACUAUGACGAGGAUCACGAUGAGGGCGGCGAGGAGAAGCACGGCGCCUUCGAGGAGGGCAAGAAGCACAAAAAGGGCAGCAGCUACAAAAAGGGCGAGCACAAAAAGGGCGGACACGAGGAGCACUACGGCAAAAAGGGACACAGCAAAAAGGGACACAAGAAAAAGGGCCACAAGGGCCACAAAAAGAAGCACGAGGAGGAGAAGAAGUGGGGCCACAAAAAGGAGCACGGCAAAAAGGGAGGCGAGGAGCACAAGAAAAAGUGGCACAAAUCGCAGAAGAAGAGCAGCGAACAUGAUCAUGGGCAUCAUUAAAGGAUUCGCUGGCCA